GGGUGUCAACACUUGGAAGCCACAAGUGACUCCUCUGGCCGAAGUCAAGACGACUCCCGAGGGCAUCCCUGUUGCCACGGCGACAUCUCUUGCUGCCAACAAGCAGCCCGUCCGCCACAUCGGCUCCAACCACAACACAGUGGCGCGCCCCUUCCCUGGGUUCACGGGGUCCCAGCCCGCCUAUGCCAAGGGCGUGGUCACACUCAACCAGCUCAAGCAGAGCGCCACAGACUCCCCGAGCCUCAAUGGCGGCGGCGGCAACACCACGACCUCCUCCUCCCGCUCCUCCUCCAGACACGCCUCCGGGAGCACCAGCCCCACCGGCCUCGCCGUCCAGGGCACGGGCAUCUCCCUCAAUAAGGAGAACGCCAAAAACUUCCUCAGGAUGACGCUGGACAAAGAGAACGUGAACUCGAUGAACGUGAACGCGGCCAGCUCGCAGAAGGCGCAGAAGUCCCCCAGCAACGACAACCUCUUCUCGAGCCAGUUCCUGAACAACAACGGGGCGGUCGGCGGCAGCGUCGGCCAGCCCCGCAAGUACUCGCUGGCCAGCAACGCCUCGAGCUGCAGUAGCUCCGACACCGACCACGACGCCCUCACGCGGAGGAAUAACGAAGUGAACGGGCAGCAGAUAGUCAACGCGCAGUACAACAGCCCUCUGAACCUGUACAGCGAGGACAACAUUGCCGAGACCCUCUCUGCUCAGGCUGAAGUCCUCGGCAAGGGAUGUCUUGGAGUCAACUUCAUGAAGAACGAGAAGCAAUACGACGGCAAGACCUCGGACGUCCUCCGGAUGGUGCAGGAGAUGGACAAGAACCCUGCCCCGGAAACAGAAGGUGAGGUAGCGAACCUCGCGUCCCCGGACAAGAAUGUAGUCCAAGGUUAUUCCUUCAAGCUCCUCCAGCAGUCCCUCCAAGGCGACCCGGAACUAGAGGAGGCUCCGUCGCAGCUCCACCCGGCGCCGCGCCCCUCCUCCUCCUCCUCCUCCUCCGGCCUCUCCUCCUCCCAGGCCACGCCCAAGACGGAGCUGCGACCCGGAGAGAACAUUUGUUCGGAGUGUGGUAGACUCAUCGUCCGCCCGCGCCCGUCGGCCGUGGCUGCGGGGGGGCGGUGCCGGCGGCGCUGGAUCCGGCGAGGUGUUCUCUCUCUUUUUUCAUCCACUUCGGUGGCGGUAGUAACAGGUUCCUCUAUCCCGGGCACAGACAGCGGGCCGGGCCCUGCCGGCACUCGCAGCGUGCGCGCCCCCGAGACUAAACCGAAGCCCGAGGGGGGGGCUUCCCCCGCGCCGCUGACCAAGUGUUCCGAGUGCGAGCGGCCCAUUACCGGCGUGUUCGUGCGUAUAAAGAAUAAGAACCUCCACGCUGACUGCUUCAGGUGUUCAACCUGUGGCUCGUCGCUCAAGAAUGUCGGCUACUACAACAUCAAUGACAAGUUAUACUGCGACGUCCACGCCAAGCAGGCCGCCCGCCACAACCCGCCUGCCCCCAACAUGGAACCUGUUGUGGUCAAGCCCGGUGCCGCCCCGCCCGCUGGUGCAGUGACCGCCACUCAGGCCAAGGCUGCCCCCGCCCCCCCCCCGCCCCCCCCGCCCCUCCCUUCAAGCCUCCCGUGGGCGGCGUCCGGAUCUUGCCGCUCAACGCCAUGGGGUCUCCGUCCAUGCCUUCACCCACGCCCAUCCCUAACUUCGCCCCGCCCCCCCAUUCAAGGUAUCUCGCCCGUAGCGGCUCGUCGGAAGCCUCUCCCCGUGGCCCCAGAGCCAGAACUCGAACCCGUUGCACCACUCCAGGAGCCUCCACUACCUCCCCCAGAGCCAGCCCAAGAACCGGAACCACAGCCAGAGCCUGCAGCCGAGCCCGAGCCAGCAGCCCCCGUUUCCGAGCCCGUCGUGGAAUCUGCCCCCGCCCCCGCGCCCGUCGAGGCCGCGCCCGAACCCGCACCCGCACCCGCGCCUGAGGCUGAGGCCGAGCAAGAACCUGCUCCCGCCGCCGAAGAGGAAGCGCUCGUUGCAGACGAGGCACCCGUUGAACCGGAGGCUGAACCGGAAGCUGAACCGGCAGCUGAACCGGAAGCUGAACCGGAACCCGAGGCUAUAGUAGAGCCAGAACCCGAACCCGAGCCGGCCCCUGAGCCGGAAGCACAGGCUAGUUCAGAGCCAGAGCCCGCUGAGGAACCCGAGCCAGAACCCGAACCCGAAGCGACAGAAAGCGAGCCUAUCGCAGAAGCGGAGCCCGAACCCGAGGCCGCAGAAGAACCGGAGGCCGUCGCCGAAGAGGCCGCCCCCCCCGCGCCCGAGCGCGUCUCUCCCGUGAUCGAGCCGGCGCCGGCCCCUGCUCCUGCCCCUGCUCCUGCCCCCGCCCCUGUUCAGGCCCCAGCAGCGCCCAUGGCGGCCCCUCCACCAUCCUUCCAGCCCGUCAAGGCCCCGGCGGCUCCCGCUCCGCAGAAGCCCUUCGGUGCUCCUGCAGGAAGCGUGGAUGUGCGCUCGCACAUUCCCAAGAAAGGUGCUCCGUUCGUGUGGCCGCCGCCCAAGAUGGUUGAAGUGGUGGAGGAGGGGCCCCGCCCGCCUGCGUGGGCGCCGUCAGGGGAUCCCACGCAAGUCCCUAGACCAAGGCAUGUCGGUGGGCCCCCCCCUAAGAGGCCUCCCCUCUUGCCACCCCCCCCCCCCAAAGAUUAUGACACCAUUGUCAUUAAGGCUUCCCUCCCGGCCAGCACCCUUCUGAGCCUGCCCCCGCGCCCCCGCUUCUGCCCCGCGCCCGCCCCCGCUCCUGCCCGCUCCUGCCCCGCCCCUGCUCCCCCUGCUGCUGCUGCUGCUGCUCCGGUGCCCUCGGGCCCGAGCGUGCAAAAGCUGACCGAGGCCAAGCCUGCCAAGCCCGCGCCCGCCAAGGGUAUCCCCGGCUUCAAGCAUGUUAGCUCGCCAAGCCCGCCCCGAAGCCCCGACCUCCAGUCCCGGCUUCAAGCCUGUCGCGCCUCCCAAGGGCCCCGCCCCCGGCCCCGCGCCAGGGGCCCCCUCCGCGCUUGCCGCCAAACCCAUCUCCCCCUGUCUCUGUCCCAUUGUGAACGCUGCCCCCGCUCCCGCCCCGCUCCUCUCCCCGCUCCCGCCCGCCCCCGCUCCCCCCGCUCCCGCACCUCUCCCUGUUCCUGCUCCCGCCCCGCCCCCGCCCCCGCUCCUGCUCCUGCUCCUGCCCCCGCUCCGGCUCCAGCUCCAGCUCCUGUGCCAAAACCUGCAGCCCCCAAGCCCCCCGCUCCAACAGGCCCCGCUCCAGCCCCCGCUCCCGCCCCGGCACCCGUGAUGGGCGGCAUGCCCAAGCCCACGCCCGUGCCAGGCAUGGGCGGGCCGACCAAGGGCGUGCCCCAGACGAGCGGCCAGAAGAGCGCCCCCCGCCGAGGCCGCGGCGUGAUGAACCAGGCCGCCAGCACGAGGAUCCCGGUCUGCUCCGACUGCAUGCGCCAGAUCAGGGGGCCCUUCGUGUCCGCCCUGGGUAAGACCUGGUGCCCCGACCACUUCGUCUGCUCCACCGACACGUGCCGCAAGCCUCUCAUCGACAUGGGCUUCGUCGAGGAACAAGGUUCUCUCUACUGCGAAAACUGCUAUGAGCAAUACUUUGCUCCGAUCUGCGGCAAGUGCGACAAGAGGGUGAAAGGCGAUUGCCUGAACGCUGUCGGCAAGCAGUUCCAUCCCGAGUGCUUCUGCUGCGCCUACUGCGGAAAGGUGUUCGGUUCUGGCGCCUUCUAUCUCGAGGACGGUCUGCCCUACUGCGAGGCCGAUUGGAACGACCUAUUCACGACGAAGUGCGUGGGUUGUGGGUUCCCCAUUGAAGCAGGUGACCGAUGGGUUGAAGCUCUCAACAACAACUACCACAGCCAGUGCUUCAAGUGCUCUAAAUGCCACAAGAACCUGGAGGGCCAGAGUUUCUUCGCCAAAGGUGGAAAGCCUUUCUGCAAGGCCCAUGCCCAACGUGGCUUCUAGGGCGGCCCAAACAGCUCGCAGGACCCUCCUGUGUCCCCCUGCGGAGACGGGGCGAGGGCCUGUCGUCCUCUCACCAGCAACAGAAACGAAGACGGAAAAGAGAGAAAGAGAAAGAGUCUCGAGCAGCGGCAGUGAGCGUUGUGGCCCUCGCGAGUGCCAUCCGCAUCACUACUUUCACCAGCGACGAAAAGAAGCACCAGCACACAGCAGCAUGCAGUGGAGGAGGAGGAGGAAGAGAGCCGCCUCACGUUGACACUCCCUGCCCACUGUCUCCUUGUUACGCUCUGUUUGUUUACAUUAACUGUGCUACUCACAUUGGCUAAUUGUUGGUGCAAGAUUACAGUGCAGGUUUGCAAUCGUUCUGUUGCAAUUAUUUAUUGUCCAAAACUUAUGUAAAGAAAGGCAAUUAGUCAGCCUUUUGACUCUUGUGUAAUAUGGUCGCAAUCACCAGUGAUAAGAAAGUCAGUGCCUUGAUUUUAUCACAUUAAUCUAUAUAGAAUAAGAAUAUAUAAGCUUUACUGCUUAGUUUAAGGUACACUCAGCCUCUGCAGACACACAACCACAAAACGAUUGAUAUUCUUUGUAUUAUUAUUAUUAUUACUUCCAACAGUUCUUCCUUGCUUCAGCUGUUUUCAAAUCACUGCUGUUUACUGUACUAUAUAGAGAGGUAUAUGAAUUGUAGAGAACAGAAUAUUGUUACUCAUAUGCUAUUAUUGUAUAUAUGAAUUUCACGAAACAAAACCUGUCUAGACACACUAAGGACACCAUGUCAACCAAUCUAGCAAUACGAUUUUAACUCGGCUAUGCUUGCUUAAUCUUCCUGAACGCUGUGUGUUCUUCUGUCCCAACUUUCUUCUCGUGUAAUAUUCUUUUUUUUUUUUUUUUUGCUGUUCACACGCACCAUUGUCAGUCUUCCUGAAGUCACGAACUCCAAAUCUCACGCGGACGCCAGAGCUUGCUUAAGGGCCACCCUGUAAAGGACGACUUCUUGACCCUGUAGCAAACCGAGCCAGCGACAUAAUGACAACCCUGUAGAUUUUGUGUUUUUUUCUGUUCAAGAAGGCUGCACACCGAAAACAAAAUCAAAAAAAUCUUCCAAAAAAAAAAUAUUAUAGAAUUGUCUAAUAUUCGGCGUAAAUUAUGUUGCGUGUUUCUUGAUCUUCCAAUUAUGUCUGGCCCCUUCUUUCCCAGGGGAUUAUAAAAAAAUAGACAUAUUGUA